AUGAGGACUAUCCGGGAGUCAAAGCGCUUGGCUCGGAGUGCGACGCUGAUCGGGAAACCCGACCAGGGUCGUGCCAUUGAGUGUGCGGCGGCGCAUGCCGCCUCGGCGCACUCCUUUAAGGGUGGCGACUUUUGCCGCUUUGCCGACUGGCGGUUUAUACACAGGGCCAGACUUAACUUGGUGCCCCUAAAUGGUUCCUCCUCCUGGAGGUCUGGAGACCAGCGGUGUAGACGAUGUGCUAAUCCUAUCGAAAGCCUAGCGCACACCGUCAACCACUGCAUGCGGUACUCCAGCCUCUACAUGGCAAGGCAUAAUGCUCUAAUUGCGAGAAUCAAGAAGGCGGCUGCUGUGAAAUUCGAGAUCAUCACCGAAAACCAGGUGGUCGGCGCGCAGCGACUAAGGCCCGACCUCAUCAUUAGGAAGGGGUCCACGACGCUGAUCAUCGACGCCACCGUUCCCUCCGAAAACAGGAUUGAAGCGUUCAAGGUUGCGGCUGCCGAGAAGGUCGCGAAGUAUGAGGAGCUGCGGAAGGAGCUAGCCGAAAGCUUCGGGGGCGAUGUCACUGUUGUCCCUUUCAUCGUUGGCGCACUGGGGUCGUGGGACCCCUGCAAUGAUGACCUGGUGAAGAAGAUCUGCAGCCGUUCGUAUGGGAGUCUCCUGAGGAAGCUGUGUGUUAGCGAGGUCAUCUCGUUCACCAGGGACAUCUACACGGAGCACAUCAGCGGCGUCCGCGCUAGACACGGAUAA